UACUUGAGUCUUGAUCCACUUUGGAGAACCUGAUUCUGAGACUCUAGAAGGAUGUCUUAUCAACAGCAUCAGUGCAAGCAGCCCUGCCAGCCACCCCCAGUGUGCCCACCUCCAAAGUGCCCUGAGCCAUGCCCACCCCCAAAGUGCCCUGAGCCAUGUCCACCCCCCAAGUGCCCUGAGCCAUGCCCACCCCCCAAGUGUCCGGAGCCAUGUCCACCUAGACAGUAUCAGCAAAAAUGCCCUCCUGUACAGCCUCCUCCGCCCUGCCAGCAGAAGUGCCCACCCAAGAGCAAGUAACAGCUUCAAGAUUCAUUGAGAUCAUGACAAGACGAGGAAAGUUGGCUGCUCUAAUUCCACAGCAACAUCUUCCUCUCCAAAGCUUAUCAAGCAUACAGAACCUUCUUCUCUGUCCUUUAGCCUAUAGUCUGCCUGUGAUCACUGCUGACAGUGAGGAGCAUCCUGUUAGACUGUUAUGUCCCAACAUUAACUGAGAGACGACAGUGCCCGGCUGUGCCAGCAUCCAGCCCUGCAGAAGGAAGAGCAGCCGUGCUCCCGCUCGGUGCCAUCAGAGGGUGUCUUCCCUGUCUGUCACCUGGGCAGGAAUUUCUACCAUGUGGGCAACUGUAACUCUUCUUCCACUUUCUGA